AUGUCAUCGACACGAGUGAUAGCUAUCACUGGAUGUGACAGCGGGCUAGGUUGGGCAUUAGCAGCACGUACGGCACGUGAAGGGCUUAUCACUGUGGCUGGAAUGUACCAUGGAACGGAGACCAACGCGGCUAAGGAAUUGGCAGAACUUUGCGCCCAUCCGCACGCAUUAGAUGUCACAGAUCCGAAAAGCGUAACAACUUUCAAAGAAUACGUAAUGAAAUUAUUAAAUGCGAAUCCAAACUACACUUUAUACGCAGUCGUAAAUAACGCAGGGGUAAUGAUGGUGGGUGAUUAUGAAUGGCAAACGUCAAAAAUGAUAGAACACACCAUUCAAGUGAACCUCUUGGGAGCCAUGAGCGUUGUCUCUGCUUUCCUUCCCGAUCUUCGAAGAGAAGCGUUACGGAGCGGAACAAAGCCGCGAAUUAUCAACGUGGCGAGCCACUGCGGGCUGCAACCGUUGCCAGGUUUUGCCGCUUACAGUGCAAGCAAGGCAGGCUUAUUGGGGUGGACGAAAGCACUCCGCCAUGAAACCAAACCACACGGAUUAACAGCUCUUGCUUUUGUGCCAGGUGGUUUUGUUGGUACCAGUAAUAUAAUGUCGAACCAAUCAGCUUACGGCACUGAGAUGCUGGAAAAUUUAGAUGAAGAACAGAAGUCUAUUCACGGAAAAAGAAUUUUGACUCUGAAUACCUAUUUAGGGACAGCUCCUCGAGAUUGCAGUUAUAACUCCCUAAGAGAUGAAAAUAUUACAGAAACAUUUAUGAAAGCUCUGACUAUAAAGAAUCCUAAGGAACUGUACAUAGUUGAAUCUUGGAGAUACAAGUUUUAUUACAGUUUAUUAAAAUUACCUCUGCCUGAAAGUGUACACCGGUGGUUGUUAAAUAAAUUUUUGUGUUUUCCAGAUGUUUAUUAAAUAAAUAAAUAAAGAUC